GUAAAAAGGAAGAAAGAGAAGAAGGAGAAGAAGAAGAAGAAGAAGAAGAGGAAGAAGAAGAAAAAGGAAAAUAAACGAAAUACGAAGGAAAACGGGAAGACGUACGAGCUCGCAUGGAAAUUAACGUCGUGGGAGUAGGCCUCGUUUCUCGGACGAAUCGCGCGGAAAUUUGUCGCGAAAAAAGGUGAGGGAAGGAUGAAGAAUGCCCCGCGUCGGAGGAGACGGGGGUGGCGGGAACGAGAAGACAGGAGCCGGUGGCUUCGGAGGAUGGUUGGGAGGAGCUGCGAGAGCUGUGACCGGAGGAGGCGUCGCUGGUGGAUACGUCGUACUGGGUGGCACCAGAUAUGGUCUGAGACUCUCACAGGAAAGUCUGCCACCCGCGAGUUCGAGGGAGGAAUCAGCGGAGAGAAGACGGAAGAGAAAUUCGCGAGAAAGCGAGUCGAGAGAACGGCUGACGGAGAAAUUGGCGGAGAAGUCGUCGAUCGAUCUGGCGUCGAGUAUAGUCGAGUGUUGUUGCAUCGGGCCACGUUCUCGGUUGCCUCUGCCGAGGAUUCCAAUAACGACGACGACCUCGACGACGACGAUAGAGAUGACCACGUCGCCGCUUUCGUCGACGUCCACGUCGUCGUCGUCGUCCUCAUCAACAAUGGUGGCGUCGACGGUUGGCAAUGUUGGAGGAGUCAAAGGUGGAGAUGGAAAUGGAAGGGAAAGAGACGUUGGCGAAGUUUUAACAUCUCUGUCACCACCAUCACCACCUUCACCAGUGACUGUAGUAAUAGCGGCGGCACAAGCACAGCCAUCGUCUUCGUCGUCUUCGUCUCUUCCUCCCACGUUUUCGAAGAGUCGUGCCACUACUGCUGUCGUGGAACAGCCGGUGGACGCGAAGCUGGCGGCUGCUCGGCCAACGCCAAACUCUAAUAAUAACCGCGGGAUGCUGCAAAGCACUACGGUGGGGAACGAGCAGCACCACCGCCAACAGCAGCACCAGCAGCAGCACAAUCAACACCACCAGCCACAAUCAUCCGCGAUCCCAUCGCCGUCGCAGCCGGUAUCUUCCGUCUCUACUUCUUCUUCUUCUUCUUCUUCCUCCUCGACGUCUUCGUCGUUGCACCCGUCGUUCGACUCCUCCUCUUCGCCGAGCCUCCAAACGCAACACUCGGUUUCCGUGCCGCGUCAGCUCGCGCAGUGGACCAAGCAUCAGACCCUCAAGCUCCAGGAACCAGCGGUGAUAGCGGUGGACCGAUUGCACAGGUUCCGCUGGAGCGGGGGUGGAGGAGGAAGCGGGAAAAAAUCCUCUUCCGCCCCCCGCAGCGAAAAGGCCGAGCGUCUUCGCGAGCUCACGGAAAAACUCAAAGGACCAGCACCUGUCCCACCUCCUAGACGACCUUCUCGUACUCAAGCUUCCUCUCCGCCACCGGGAGGAUGUCAGCCAUCUUUUCAAUCUCAUCAACAGUCGGUUCAAGGUUGCGGUCGAUAUGAUAAUCGUGGGAUCUAUAGGAAUCAUGAAGCCGGUCUUCAGAAUCAACAACAAUAUCAUCAACAACAGCAUCCAAGGGGUAUUGUUAGAAGCGAAAGCGUUGGCGAGGAACGUCUCACUGGUACAGACUCGAUGGUCACUGGUAACGAGAGCUGUCGAAAACAACAGCUCGCUCAUGACACUUCGAAAAAGUCCUCGAAGUCGGGCAAGGUGACGGAGAGGAACAGUGGUGACGUUGGUGACGUUAAAAAUGACGCGAAUCUCGUCGUCGGUGUCCCCGUCGAGGACGCGCCGACAACAAAACAACAACAUUUGAGACAAUACAGUGAUUCAGUGGUAGAUAGUGCAACGAGCGUGGACGAUCUGUGCGAUACCUUAAACGUGUCUUCCGCUGGUACUGGUGGCAACAACAACAACGAGGCCGAGGCCAGGGACGCGGUCAGCAGGUUGGAGUCCCGAGGACCAUUGUUGACUCUUCAAAGAGCCGGUGCUCCACUCAGGAGUGCGUCCUUCGGUCAGGUGGAUUUCAAUCAAGCGAAUCGUCAAAAGACUCAGCCAGUGGCAACGAGUGCUCGUACGGAGAACAAAGAUGUCCGUGCCAGUACUCUGCCUCGUCGACGAGGAGAUGCGAUACCAGGUGUCUCGACGUCUCAAAACAGCCCGAAUCGGCAAAGUCCAAGGACGUCGACACCGAGCGUCGAUAGUGCCGUUGGUUCGGCCGAAGGACUCGGUGUACCUCACCAAAGUAAUCUCGAAGAAAUCCGACCUAGGAGCGAUGGUUCCGACAGUUUGGCAACAUCCAGUGCUCUUACCAGCCCGGAACCACCGGUACCGGAAGUUCACGAGCAACAGCCGAGGUUGGAACUUCAAACGGAUGCUUCACCGACCGAGGUGAUACCUUCCGAGCCGAUUUAUCAAGUCGUCGAUAGCACUCCGAUCGAUGAGAUCGUUCAGAAAGAGAACAGAAUAGAGCCGCACGAAGUAAUCGUAACACCGCCGUUGGAGGAACCAAGACUCAGUCAAGCUAGCGAGGGCAGCGAGGCACCUAGCGAGACACCUUCGGAAGCGUCCUCUCCACCUGGUAAGACCAGACGUUAUCGUGGUGACACUAGCAAGAGAAGAAAGGGUGUAUACAUAACGCAAUGGCCAGAACCUUUGGACGCCGACAGAAACAAACUUACUGCUCAGAGCAGCGAGGAAAGAGAUGAGCCACCUGCUACACCAAGCGAUUUAUCCGAUUGCGAAGGACACGCACCGCGAAGGUACAGCAAGCGACCACUUCGUGGUCCUUACGGUCAAAUGCUUGAAGCUGAAAUGGCUAAGCCUCGUGCAACUGAUAUAUCUCUGGAAGAAGGUCUCAGACCUAGACGCAAAGUAUCCGCUAAUCUCUCGUACAAUACCGGCGCUAAUAGUAGCUCCGAACCACCUACACCUUGUCAUCAUAGAACUACCUCUAGCCCAAGCAAAUUAGAGGGAUUACCUGGACCAAGUCCGGAGUUACUCGCUGAACUUUUGAGAGGAUCUUCCGAGAGAGUAGCUCGUGCACCUGCUCAUCGAAACGACACGAGAACUCACGUCGUUGUCGAGCUUUACGACACCGAACGUUCAUACGUCGAGGCUUUGCAAAUAUUAGUCAAUGUAAGAAUACCUCACGGACAUACGGGACACGUGCGGUUUCUAACAUGCGUAGAAACCAGUACAUCAACGAAACCAGAGCCACGACCAAAGGUGAAUCGAUACUCUUUAAAAUCGAAGAAAGUUCAUCAAAAUAACAUCAAUUGCGGUAAGCUCUUGGUAAUAUCCGGUGGCGAUGGUUACGAGGAUUUCAGAGGACCACAAGCAUCCGCAGAAUUACAAGCAGGUCGCGAGGAUUCGACGAAUCAUCUUCUUUUGUGGAAGAUCAUUCUCAGUAAAUCCCUUCAAUUAGUAACGUUCAUCCGUCACGAUUUAGUCACCAUAGCUUCGAAUCAGGGUACGCGGAAGGAACGAGCUCUCUUUUUGUUCUCCGACCUAUUGGUUAUUACCAGUAUCAAACGACGAAGUGGUACAAUAAGCAAACCAUCUACGAGCACUUGCCCGAGCAGUUUGAUCAGUCUUCUCGAGGCUAACAAGUACGAAAUAUUGAUGAGAAUACCAUUGGAUGAUCUCGAAGUGAUAAAAGCCAAGGACGAGAAUCUCAGACGAAUGGCACGCGAGGUUGAUCAUCAAAGAGAGGAUUGCGCCACGUUGAGUCAACUUCAGGAACUCGCGAUUACAAUACGUGGAAAUAAGGCACAACUGGAGGAUCCGAUCAAGGACAUGCUAUGUCAAACGCAACGGCAGCUAGCCGAAAUAAACGCUGCUCCUUCUCAAUUGGCUUGUUUAGAAUUAACGUUGAACACACAAUCGGGUAUCGAGAAUAUAUCCGUUGUCUUCACAAAGCCCGACAAGAGAGCGAGCUGGGAGGAGAGUUUCAACGAAGCCAAACAAAAGUUGGUGUUGUCUGCCGAUCGAAGACUUUGUCCAGAAUUCGUCUGUUCUUUACCCAUUAGAAAAACACGAGCUGGUCUUCAAUUGACUUGCGCUGCACCAACAUUAUCUAAUGGACAAGAACCUUGUGAUGUGUGGGUUUGCAAUAGCGACGGAUACGUUGGUCAGGUGUGCGUGUUGAGUUUGAGCCCAGAACCACCUCAAGUUACGUCUUGUAAUGGAGUCUGCAAUGCCAGAAUCCUUUGCGUUGCUGGUAUACCUGCUUCUACUCCUGGUUCGAACUCUUCGGCAUCCACUAGUAAUACGUUGGUGAAUAGUAAGAGCGGCAUCAGUAUUUCCGUACAAGAUGUCGACUCCGGCAGUGAUAAUAUUCAAUUAGACAGCUCGAGUUCCGACGAUUCGGACUUGGACGACAUUCCAAACGUGGAUGUUUGUAGCGCGACCUUUGGCAGUAAUGUCUCUAAUGUCGAUAACGCUACUGUCAGUGAAGAAGAUCCCAAUCAGCCAACCAUGAUAGCAGUGUACACCGUAUUAUGUAAGUCGCCCCUCGAGAAGAGAAAAUGUGUCUGGUAA